AUGCGCAUGCAGGUGGAGCUGUGUUUAUUGCAGCUGCAGCGGGGUGGGACCCUUACGGUGCUGCCGUAUCUGAUUGAGCAGCAGCAGCUUCUGCAGCUGCAACACCGUCACGUGAUAGAGUCUGCUGCUGCUUGCGGAGCACCAGCAAACGCGCUGGCUUCAGCUGCUGUGGACCUGCUGGAAGGCAUUCGCAGCAAAGUCAAGCAGCACCAGCAGCUCCUUCAGCAGGAGGAGGAGGAGCUUGCGGUGUCUAGCUUGCUGCAGGAGCUGCCACAGGUGCCUGCAGCUACUCUGGGGCUCCUCAGGUGGAGCGAAAGCCGUGCAGAGGUGCUGCAGCAGCUGCAGCAGCUGCAGCAGCAGGAGCAGCAAGCAGCAGCUGGUGCAGCCACACCGUUCAGUUUGGUUGUGGCUUCAGAUGUUUUGUAUUCAGAUAGAUCUGCUCGUUUGCUUGCAUGCACAAUUAAGAGCAUUGCAGCAGCAGCAGCAACAGGUGCUGCAGCUGUGGGCCCCUCCCGCUGCAGCGCCCCCUCCUUCUUGUGCCUCAUAAGCCACCAGGUGCGGCAUGCGGUGUACUUAGAGCAGCAGCAGGUAGUGAAGGAAGCAGCGGAUAGCUGCCUACAAACGUUUAUAAGAGAAUUCUGUCCCACUAAAGAAGACAACAGAACAUCUUUUGCUUCGCUUUAUGCAGCAAAACCCCUGAGGCAGCAGCAGCAGCCCUUGACUGCAGCAGCAGAGCCUGCUGCCGCUGCUGCAGCUGCUACUGCUGGUGUGCCACCUGCUGCGGGAUCAGCUGGUGAGCUCUAUGUACACCUCAUCACCACGAGACCAGCAGCAGCAGCAGCAACAGCAGAGUUAGAGCUGCGAGAGGGAGAUGUUUGUCUCGUCGCCAUAGCAGCAGAUCCGCAGCAGCUGCUGCAGCUGCCGCCAGCUGUUGCUCCUGCAGGAGCUGCCAUGUUGCAAGCUCUAUAG